UGACGUCGUUGCAGCUGUCUGGAACUAGCUUUAGGCUAACACUACGUGGUAAAGUUGUUGUAUAAACGUUUAAUGUCUAAUGUAACGACACUCUUCGUCUUGUUGAAGAGUUCGUAUUUAAAAGCUUCGUUUCUAAGAAGUUAAACUGACGCCUCUGCUGAACUCGUCGUUAAUGUAUCUUCACAGCCAUCAGAGACGGAGCUUGUUGUAUCUUGGUGUACUUUCAGAAAUCUCUGUCUGCCAUCAUCCUCUUCUCCAGUCUCUGUGUGCGGAUGACACUGGCGUGCGCCAGUCCUUCAUAGAUGAAGAUGUCCCUGGCUCAGCGAGUGCUCCUCUCCUGGAUCUUUGCCCUUAUCUUUCUCAUCAUGUUGGUCCUCAAGCUGGACUCUAAAAUCCAGUGGAACUGGUUUCUCAUCUUCCUUCCUGUAUGGACCUUUGACACCAUCCUCAUCCUCAUGCUGAUUGUGAAGAUGGCAGGUCGCUGCAAGCCGGACUUUGACCCCAGGGAUGGUGAGCAGAGUAUAAAGAGGAGGUUGUGGUACCUGACAGCUCUGCUGUUGAAGCUGGCCUUUUGUCUGACACUGUGCUCCCGCCUGGAGAAGCUCACUGACAUUUUGGUCAGCGUGGUGUGCGUCCCUCUGUGGGUGCUGCUGGGUGGAGCUCUGGUGGAGUUGGGACACAGUGUUUUCCACUACAGGAGGGACUGAACUUGUUGAGUUGUAAAAUCUUAUAAAUGGGACUAUUUUUUUUAGUAUCUUUGAGUGAGGACUGGCCACUGAAGGCUGAUACUAACUUUUAUGAAUAAAUCAGCUGUUUGUCACUACAGAUUGCAGAUUGAAUUGAUUAGGGUCUCAGUUAAAUCUACAUUAUUAGAAGAAAAAAACCAUCUGUGUGCCCUUUUCUCUCUUUAGAAGGAGUUAAUUAUGAAUAAUUUCCUGAUACAUUUUGAUCUCAAAAUCAACAUUUUGCACACAGUGUCUUUGUGGUCGGACAUCUUUAAGUAAAACCAGCCUUCAGUCUGUGUUUGGCUUCAUGCUGCUGCCUUUUGGCUCAUCUUUGAGUAACAGUAAAGAACGAUUUCUACCAGAUGAGACUUUGAUCCAGAUCAUGGAUUAGGCCGAAGCACCUUUUCUGGUAUGGUGAUCUAGCAUGUGCACCAUCUACACUAGUUAUUGCUUUAGACUUCACUGUUUAAUUUUCUACAUUGGUGCACCGUGUGCCUCUGAGCCAUUUCUCAGUUAAACUAUUUUUAUAAAGACAUUAUGCAGGGUCCUGUGGAAUCUCCUGUUUGAUGAAUCACAAUCAGACAUGUUCACUACAGAUAUUUCCAAAAGUAACCCUCUAUCAGUAUGUAUGAAUGUAAACUCAGAAUUUAUUUAUCUGUAUGAUUAAGUGUAAUUUGUAUCUUGACUGUAAUUGGCACCCUUGUGAAUGCGAUACAGUACAUACACACUCAAGUUUGAAAAUAUUUAAACUCAUUACAUAUGUCUUUCUAUUUUAACAAAAUAUAUUCAAGUUAUAGUUACACAAAGUAAUAAAGAUGGACUUGUUCAGACUGAGUUUUAAUUUAUGGCCAUGACAGUUAAAAUUACUCUUAAGGAUAUGGGCAUCAAAGCCCUUCAACAUAUAGUCCUCUUUCUCAAGGGUUACUGCACUAAUUAAUAUAAUUAAAAACUGUUUCAUUCAAAUCUCAAAUUCUUUUGCAGGAUGAAAUCUCGACAUUAAUACAUGGUUUAAGUUGCGCAUAUGUGGAGAUUUUGGUUAUAGCAGGAAAACUGUUAGAUGGAGGUCUGGUUUGCUGUGGCUCAUGUUCUCAGUGAUCUCUUUCCAGGUCUUAACUCGGGCUGUCUUAGGUUGCUAUUUGUGCAAUUUUCUGCCUUUAGUUUAAAAGAUUUAAUAAACUGAGGCACAUUCAGGUUUGGCUUGGAUGACUAAGAAAAUUUUAGUUUUUUUUAACCUUCAAAAUCACCUGUGUUGCAUGUUUUGGGACAUUGCUUAUAUGCUGUAAAACAAACUUAAAUAGCAGCUUUCCUGAACUUGUCUGACUCUAAGAUGGUAUUACCCGCUAUUUAAAAAUUAAUUUUGCUGCUUCUGUCUCAAUAAUGAACACUGGUGUCCCAGUGUUACAAGAAGGCAAGUAUUAUCAUGCCAGAACAUUUUUUUCAGUCAGCACCAGGCUGUUAAUUUAGUCAUUACCUCUAACCAAUUUGAUUUUGACAAGUGUACAAUUUUACAAGAAAUAUUUCAUACCUAAAAUUAUGAAACAAUUCAGCUUUAAUCCUUCCAACAGUCAUCACCUGUGGAUGCACUACAGCCUUUUUCAUUUCUGUAAGAUUACUAUGGUAAACCUGUAGUAGAAUCAGCUUAAAAAAUAUAAUCAGCUUCAGUAGAUGGAGCCAUUUCUCAGUUGAAACAAACAUGUCACAGGCAGUAUUUCAGAUAUAAGUAUUGACAGAUUAGCUGAACUUCACUUGGCUCCUCUGUGAAAAUGUGACUGUAUAACUGUGACACAAUGAGCAUGAAACAAGACUUCAGAUCUGCAAGACGCCAAGUAGCAUCAUUCUCUAUUAGCAAUGAAAGUAAAGUUCCGACUGAUGGUUUAUUUUGGAGAUAUCCAUCCACAAAGUAACACGAUGGACGCCGUGGAGCCACACUAACCCCAGCACUCAUUAGUAGCAGCUAAACAUGCAGUAAGAAAAAUAUUACCUGUUGAUACAAAAAAAAAACA